CCAAAUAUUUCCACUCCUAAAGGCUUCUGGGUAAAUAAUAGUUUGGAGGAACAACCAGGAGCAGGAGGAGGGAAAAUGUCGCGCUACUCUGGAAAGAUAGUCUUCUACGAGGGCAAAUGCUUCACUGGUCGUAAGAUGGAGCUGUGCAGUGACUGUGAUAACUUUCAGGACCGUGGUUUCUUGAACAGAGUGAAUUCGAUUCGCGUUGAGAGCGGAGCCUUCAUCUGCUACGACCACCCAGACUACAAGGGACAGCAGUACAUCUUGGAGCACGGAGAGUACCCGGAAUACCAACGAUGGAACGCCCACAAUGAUCACAUGGGCUCCUGCCGGCCAAUCAGAAUGCACGGAGAGAAUUAUCGUCUGGAACUUUUCGAGGGGGAAAACUUCAGCGGAGAAUGUGUGGAGCUGUGUGAAGACUGCCCGUUUCUGAAAGCGCGAUUGACCAAGGACUGCGUCAACUCCAUUAAAGUCUAUGGAGACGGAGCUUGGGUGUUGUACGAAGAGCCGAACUACCGCGGUCGCAUGUACAUCGUGGAAAGAGGACAUUUCAGCUCCCCAAAAGAUUGGCAAGGCGAGAACCCGAGCAUCCAAUCUGUCCGAAGGGUGGCCAACUAUUUCUAACUCUUUCACUGCAUUUGGGAGUGAUCUAUGCCUCCAAUUCUCCAAGACUCUGUGGGCCCGUAAAGUAAAUAAACACUCCUCAAAUGGUC